CCUGGCAGUAAAUCUAUAAAGGUGUGUAGUCUGCACAGGUAGCCUGAACCUUAGACCGAAGUGAAACCGGGACGCCAAAGCCUACUUGGAACACGGAGGCCUCUCAUGCUCCGGGAGGUUUGACUCACCGAGGUAGCAGAGUCACUACCUGUGGGACGAGGACACCGGGAUGUUCCCCAACUCCCAGUCGGCCAGACACCCGGCUCAGACCCUGUCACUGAACAGUCAGUACAUUCCUCCGUAUGACUUCAGCACCUACCAUCACAUCCCGGGAGUAGGUGACCCGUCGGCGAGCGGAUGGAACUCCGUUUACGCUCCCCGGGAGGAUUAUACGUUCAGCUUCCCGGGGUCAAGCCCCAGCGCCGGUCAGGUCGGCUUCACCUCCGCGGAGCUGAGCGCCCCCCCCCCCGCCACUGGAGGAGGCUCGUUCACCCCGUACAGCUUCCUCUCUGCCCAGGAACCGUUCAGCUCCAGUAGGAGACCACAUGAAGCCAUCAGACCGUCAGUUUCAGGAGGGAGGACACGCACUAAGGACAAGUACAGGGUGGUGUACACUGACCACCAACGUCUGGAGCUGGAGAAGGAGUUUCAGUACAACCGCUACAUCACCAUGAGGAGGAAGACUGAGCUGUCACUGGCACUGAGCCUCUCUGAGAGACAGGUGAAGAUCUGGUUCCAGAACAGACGUGCCAAAGAGAGGAAGAUCAAUAAGAAGAGGCUGCAGAAUUCCCAGCAGGCCUCCACGACGACUCCUACCCCACCCGUCCUGGGAGGACCCUCUGACAACCACAUCACCACCAGCCCCAGCAACAUUUUGUCUGAUGCUAUAUCAGAUGACUACUAAGUGGAUUUCAUAUGGAGGACUGAUGCAGUAACUGAAGUGUACAUAGUGUUUAGUUUUUAUAAGUUUACCACAAAAUGAAAGAAGAUGAUUCAGACCAGCAUGAGGUUUUAAUGAGGCACCUCCUGCCUGGACACAGUGACAAGCACUACGUAUCUUUUGCACUGUUCAAUUCAAGUCAAGUCCAUUUUUAUUUAUAUAGCACAACAUCAUAAAUCACAAGUUUGACUGAAGGGUCCUUAUAGUCCGUAUAACAGACAACACCCUUUGUUUUAGACCCAUGUCUUCGGCAGAGAGGACUUCGUGAGCUGCUGAGGAAACAGCAUUUUCAGAAGUUCCUCUUUGUUGGCAUGUCUUAAAAUGAUUGUGUUUGAUAGAAUGGUCAACUAUUUGCUCUGAGAACAUCACAUAUUUGACUGUUUCCUUUUUCUACUUCCUCCAACUGCAUGAGAAAAUCUCAAACUCACACAAGCUAUAAAUAAACAUGGCAAAUGCAUAUGCUGUCGAUAA